CCAUUCCCUACCCGACGCUUCAUCAUCAACACACGCCGCCCCGAUUACGCAUGGCAUCGACCAUACCACCAACGUUCGGUUCGACAUUCACGACAUCUAGCGAUGAUGCGAACCGGUGACAGACCACCCUGACGGGGCCCGAGGGCUUUCGCUCGGUCCCCGCAGCCUCAACUUAGCAGAACGGCAAACGGCGCUUCCGCUUCAGCGCCGCCCAUCUCCCUGCUCAACCCACUGCGCAUAUCAUAACAUGCCAUUACAUGAAGAUGCGAUGUGCAUCGAGGGAGGAUUGGUCAUCUACUGGCGAUGGCAGAGAAGGGCAAAGGGUCACCAAGUUACCACGGCCUUGUUUGGGCGUCUUUAUACCGCUCUCGCGCAGUCGCGUACUAAUCACGCAUCGUGCACUAUUCUUAACAUAUACUGUGGCUACCCCACGUUGGGGAAAGGCAGUAUCUCCUCUACUUGUCAUUACAACUCCCAGUUCCCAGCCCCGGCCAGGGCUAGAACCGCCAUACGACUGCCGCUCAAUUGCAAAAUGCUCCGGGCGCUGUCGAGAGCAUGUCCAGAUUUGUCUGGCUGCUCGUCUUUGGUGAUGGUUCCAGGACGGCAAGUGGGCCUGGUUCACAUAUUGUGGCUCUUUUGUCUGGCGACGUGCCAUACAUUGCAUCCAGGUCUGGUAGCUCUAGGCUAUCGGGCGCGCCGACCGCGCCCCCAGCAUGGGAACUACACCAUCUUCCCUCCCUUGCGGAGGGCGAGCUUUCGCAUUUCCGAUCGUGGUAAUGUGAGAAGCCCAACGUCAAGAUGAUCGCGGCGAACUCAAUGAAACUACAAAAGGAUCGCAUCGCCCUUCUGGAUCGGCCCAACCCCCGAUAAUGGGAUAUAUCGACUUAUUGGUGUUUGAAGGUAU